GAAAUGGCCUCCACCUUCAACCCCAGAGAGUGCAAAUUGUCCAAACAAGAGGGGCAGAACUAUGGCUUCUUCCUGCGCAUUGAGAAAGACACUGAUGGCCACCUGGUCCGAGUGAUUGAGAAGGGGAGCCCAGCAGAGAAGGCAGGGCUCCUGGAUGGGGACAGAGUUCUCAGGAUCAAUGGUAUCUUUGUGGACAAGGACGAGCACGCACAGGUGGUGGAUCUGGUGAGAAAGAGUGGGAACUCAGUGACUCUGCUGGUUCUGGAUGGAAAAUCCUACGAGAAGGCUGUAAAAAAACAGGUAGACUUGAAAGAACUGGAUCAAAGCCAGAAGGAACCGGCUUCAAAUGAUAAGAAACCCAGCCCUUUGACGAAUGGAGCCCUGGAGACAUGUGCCCAGCCCCGGCUCUGCUACCUGGUGAAGGAGGGCAACAGCUUCGGCUUCUCUCUGCAAACCACCCAAGGUAAAAAGGGUGUGUACCUGACUGACAUAACGCCCGGGGGAGUGGCCAUGAGAGCUGGGGUCCUGGUCGGUGAUCACUUGAUUGAAGUGAAUGGAGAAAAUGUCGAGAGUGACAGUCAUGAGGCUGUGGUGGAAAAGGUGAAGAAGGCAGGGAGCCGUAUCGUGUUCCUCCUUGUGGACAAGGAAACUGCCAAGCGCCACAGUGAACAGAAGACACAGUUCAAGAGGGAAACAGCCAGUUUGAAGCUGCUGCCCCACCAGCCCCGGGUGGUGGUGAUCAAGAAGGGAAGCAAUGGCUAUGGAUUCUAUCUGCGGGCAGGCGCUGAGUAUGAAGGCCAGACCAUCAAGGACAUAGAAUCUGGAAGCCCCGCAGAGGCAGCUGGCUUGAAGAACAAUGACUUGGUAGUUGCUGUCAACGGCGAGUCUGUGGAAGACCUUGAUCAUGACAGUGUGGUGGAAAUGAUUAGGAAGGGCGGAGACCAGGCUACACUGUUGGUGGUGGACAAAGAGGCAGAUCACAUCUACAAACUGGCUCGUUUUUCUCCACUUCUCUACUGCCAAAGUCAAGAACUCCCUAAUGGCUCUGUCAAGGAGGCUCCAGCCCCAGCGCCUGCUCCUCUGGAGGCCACAAGUCCAGACACUACAGAGGAUGCAGGAGAUCAUAAACCCAAGCUCUGUAGGCUGAUUAAAGUCGACAACAGCUAUGGCUUUCACCUGAAUGCCAUUCGGGGUCAGCCAGGACCCUUUGUCAAAGAGGUACAGAAGGGUGGCCCUGCUGACAAGGCUGGGCUGGAGGAUGAGGACAUCAUCAUUGAAGUGAACGGAGAAAAUGUGCAAGACGAAACCUACGAGAACGUAGUGGACAGAGUCAAGAGCAGCGGGGAACAUGUCACUCUCCUGGUCUGUGGAAAGAAGGCCUAUGAUUACUUCCAAGCUAAGAAAAUCCCCAUCGUUUCCUCCCUGGCUGACCCCCUGGUGGCUUGCCCUGAUGGCCAAGGAGAAACAUCAGCUGAGUCAGGGAAUGACUCCCACCCAGCAAGAGAACGAACUCACAGCACAGCCUCAGACUCUUCUUCCAGCUCUGAGGACACAGAGAUGUGAUGAGAAGGAACGAUGGUUUUGGCUGCUGGAUUCCUCUCACAUGCUCAGGAAUCGCCUUUCCAAGGAAGGAGCUCUCUGUUGAUCCCAUUAGCCCUCUGGAGUUCCAUGUGACUGUCUGCUGUUGUAAGGACUGCUCAACUUAGCCAGAGGGAGCUGCCAGGUUCUUUCUAUGUGGUAUCUUCCAAAGUGCAACCUUCCAUUUCUGUUGAGGAAACCUCUUCUGUGUGCUUCUUGAGCACCGGAGAUGAUUCAUUCAUGUAUGUGUGACUGUGGCUAAUUAAAGUAUCAAGCAGA